AUAACUGUAUACUUAGAAUCCUUAGAAUAUAUGAUUUCUUAAAAAUCAUAUAUGAGUUUCUAUAAAAGUAGCAAUUUGUUAAUUCUUGUUCACUUAUAUAAUAGUUUGUAGCUGCUUUCUAUAGCUAUAUUAUAGCUAUUGAUCAUGUUUCAAGAUUCUGUUGUAGCAUUACUAAUGCUGGCUCUUGUGGGCACAUAUGCUCAACUUGAUGAUAUAAUAUCAAACCAGACUGUUUUGACUGUAAAUCGCACUGAAGAGAUAACAUUAGUCCUCCCACCUUCAUCAGGAAAUUUGGAGAUUUAUGCUCUUCCAGUUGGACAGGGCGACUGCACCAUCAUUCAGUGUCCAAAUGGUAACCUUGUUGUGAAUGACUGUGGAUCUUCUGGAGGCAAUCGAGUUACACCCCAGCAAAUUCAAGCUUUCUUAGGUAAUAGAAUUGGAGAUGUUGUUGCUAUCUUUAUUACUCAUCCUGAUCGAGAUCAUUUCAACUAUCUUUACAGUAUACCUUGGACUACAAGCGUACAAAAGGUGAUCAUCGGUGCAACUCUGCAGGACUACAAUCGGCCAAGUUCUCAAUUUGCAAUGAUAUACAAUUGGCUAGUAAACUUCAACAAUGCAGGAGAACUGUUUACUGUGAGUGGUGGAGCAAGCUGUAUUGGUACAUGUACUGUUCCUGUAGGUUUAGAUUUCUGCAACAAUUUAAACAUCAACUUCAAUAUUCUAGCUGCUAAUGUCGGUACAACAUCUAAUCAGAAGAGCAUUGUGAUGAAGAUCACCUCUGGUACAUUCACCGUUCUGUCAUCGGGAGAUAUGGAAGGGACUGCUUCAACCACCAUUGCAGGAACUCUACAGGGACAGUUAAGCUCAGUUGUAUAUAAAAUGUCACACCAUGGAGCAAGCCGUAUAGCAAAUAGCCCUACAUGGCUUAUGCCAAUAGCUCCACGGGUGGCAUUUGCAAGUAGUGGUUAUAAUUUUGGUAACUGUCGCCACCCUCGCUGUGACACGAUCAAUCGCCUUCGUAAUUUAAAUACUCUCGUUGCUGCUCCCCCUCACACAAUUUAUUGUGGCAAUUCUGGACCUCCGACACAACUACCUGGAUUCACUCAACAUAUUUAUGAGACCUCACCCACCUCUAAUAUGAUAUGUUUCCUCAAUUACACUUCCACUUUUCUAUUCAAUCAAGCUUGUUACAACGUAACGGUGUUGGAACCAUCGGUUGGUUUAGGGGACGAUGAGUGCCCUGUGCAACUUGAAGGAGGUGCUCCAGUUAUGGCUGCUCAUUAUACCGCCAUCAUUGUAGUGGCAUUCCUCCUUGCUCUAAUUAACUAAUAAUCUAUUACUGAAGACGUUGUUUUUUCUAGCCACGCUAUUGUGUGACUGUAUCAAGUAGCUCGAUUAUAGCUAUAAUGUUAUUCUGACUGAAUAUUAUAUUUUUCUGUAGAUUGUUGUCAAGAUUGUUUUUUUAGCUACGCUAUUGUGUGACUGUAUCAAGUAGCUCGAUUAUAGCUAUAUAAUUAUAAAAAAGUUAUUCUGACUGAAUAUUAAAUUUUUUUGUAGA